AUGCCGGCUAGGCGGCGGCACGGGAGGCGCAGAGGUAUUGGAAAGGCGCAUGAAAAUACCACGGCGAGCGAAGAGCACCGGUUCACUCUCAGCCAGGAGGCGCGGAAUACAGAACGCCACUCCUUCGAACGCAGCAGUCGCCAGCUACGAUAUCAGACCGUUAAGUUCGUGAGCAGUGGACAUACAGAGCCCGAUGACCCGUCUGUUCUCAAGGAUCUUGACGACCUGGCUUUGGAUAAGCCCUCUCAGCCUCCCGACGAGCAGCACGACGAGAAACCAGAGCAACCACAAGCUGUACAUGUAACGUUCGCCAAGGAAGAGCUAUUCUUCAUCGACGCUGAUGGCGACACGACCAUCCCCAAGUCUACACACCCCAAUCCCGUCAUCAACUGCGACUCCUCCGAUUCUAGUGAAGAUGAGGUCGUGUUCACGGGCAGACAGACAGACCUGCGACGAAAGCUACCUAGCAGAGUUGUCGAUGAUCCUCUGACGACUGCGACUCAAGACAGGCCACCCAAGCGUAAAAACGACACGGAAACACCAGGAUAUCAGGGGUGGACAGGCGUAACGAAAGCUUCAGCCCCACGCAGGGUCGUACUUGAGCUCGGGAACGACUCGGCUGACUCGGAUGUCGUUGCGGACUACAUUGCAAACAUAGCACAGGAUGACGACUCUGACAACUUUACAGAUGACGAACAACCAAGCAAGAUUGUCACCCCCAAGACCCCAGCCAUAUCAAGCCCAGAGGACGAAGAAGAGAUUGAGAUUUCGGACGAGGAGGAAGAUGAGGAAGAUGAGGAAGAUGAGGAAGAUGAGGAGGAUGAGGAGGAUGAGGAGGACGAGGAUGAUGAUGGUGAUUCUGAUCUCGAAGAUGGGAUGUUUGACGAGGAUAUGCAGUGGAUGUCCGACGAACAGCUAGCCCACAUGCUCGACACAGGCGAUAUUCCUGACAUGGACGCAGACGAGAUCGACUUCUUCAACACCAAUGGCUUCGCGAAAACCGCCAUGGCGACUACGUCAAGCCGGAAGAAGAAGGAUAAGAAGAAACGCGCGCAACUCCGCGAGCCAAUCUCCGCUACCAAACUAGCCGAUAUGUUCGACGAGGAUCCCUACGGCGCUUUUGACAUCAUGGAUUUCAAUCGGGCCAGUUUACAGGGUAAGAAGGCAAGAGGGAAGAUGCCCGACUUCGGUAUAUCAGACAGCGAGCUCGAGUCCAAUCUUCAGUCUUCCUGGGAGAUGGACCGGAGGAAGAAGAAGGCUAAGAAGCUUGAGCGAGAAGAGCUACGCACACAGGGACUGUUGGGUAAGCCUGGCAAGUCCAGGCACCAGGGUAGCUCCCCAGACGACCUUCGAGACGAGAUUCGUGCCUUCAUGAUCUCUCGAACUCAGACCCUCCACCUCCCACCCAUGGCCAAGAAAGACCGCAAAAUCGUCCAUGAAAUGGCCAACGCGCUCUCCCUCAAAUCCCUCUCUCGCGGUAAAGGCAAUAACCGCUUCCCUAUCCUCACCAAGACCCGCGGUACACCCACCUUCUAUCCUGACGAAACCGACGAGCUCGAUGCCCUCUUCUCCCGCAAACGAAUCACUCGAUACUCUGAGAAACGCCGCCCCGGCGUUCGCCCGGUCAAGGCCCGCGGUGAAACCAAAGCCGCGUCGUACAUGGACGGAGACGUCGUGGGGGCCUCGGCACCAGAGAUCGGCGCCGAUAAUCGCGGGAGAGCUAUGUUGGAGAAAAUGGGAUGGAAUAUGGGCAUGGCCCUUGGCUCCAGUGAUAACAAGGGAAUUCUACAACCAGUCAUCCACGUCGUCAAGACUACGAAGGCAGGGUUGGGAUAA